GCUGGUUGCUAGCUGCGGCUGCUCGCCCGGCCUCCCGGCCGUUUCAUUGUCACCGGGCCUCGGAGUCAGCGCCGGGGCCGGGGGCGUGAAGUCGCCGGCCCGAAGCCUGGGCCCCGCCGGUCCCCGCCUGGAGGGCCCCGCGCACCCCUCGCCGUUCGGCCCCGCAGGCCCAGAGUCCCAGGCCCGACCCGCGCAGGUGAGGUGGUCCUGGGCCCGCCCAGAUGCGGAGGCCAGCGCAAGUGAAGGGGUCUGGCCCUCGCACAGGGCCUACUUGUCCACCAUGAAAGGCUCCAGGGCCCUCAGCGGCCCCUCCGGCCCUCCCGAGGGCAGCCCGGAAAGCAUGGACCUGAGUCUGACAGGCCUCCCUCCGCCCAUGUCCCGGCGUCCCAACAGUGCCUCCACCGCCAAGCCCAUCGCCCGCUCCAUCUCUGUGGUCACUGGCAGCGAGCCAAGGAGGAAGAUGCUGGAGGCCCCAGGGCCCGGAGGCUCCCGGGCCAUCAGCAACCUUCGCAGAUCUAACAGUGCCACGCAGGUCAACCAGCCACAAGCCAACCAGGCAUGGCCUGGCCCCCUAAGGCCAGAAGAGCCCCCGGACUUCCUGACACUCUUCGAGGGCAGCCCCGGUGGGAGAAAGAGGCCUGCCGGUCUGAGCAAAGCUUCCAGCGAGAAGGGAGCCACGUGGAAUGUCCUGGAUGACCAGCCCAGGGCCUUCACCUUGCCACCCGAUGCCCAGAGUCCUGGCACCCUCGACGUGCCGGUGGGCCCACGGAGGAGAGAGUGCACGGUGCCCCUGGCCCCCAACUUUACCGCCAACAACAGGAGCAACAAGGGCGCCGUGGGCAACUGCGUCACCACCAUGGUGCACAACCACUACACCCCCUCGGAGAAGGUGCCGCCUCCCAAGAGCUCCAAUCACAUGGCUCCCUCCCUCAACAACAUCAUCAAGGCAGCCACGGACGAGGGCGAGGGCAGCAGCCUCGGGAAGCCGCAAAAGAACAUGGCCCGUAGCAACCACACGGUCCAGAACAACUCGGGGGGCACCGCCGGCCAGCUCAGACGGAAGGAGGUGACCGAGGAGGAGGCUGAGAGGUUUAUCCACCAGGUGAACCAGGCCGCCAUCACCAUCCAGCGCUGGUACCGACAUCAAGUGCAACGGCGCCGAGCUGGAGCCGCCUGCCUGGAGCACCUGCUGGCGUCCAAGCAAGAGGGGCAGCGGCAGCGGCUAGGAGAGGGGACCCUCCUGGACCGGCACCAACAGAAGGAGGUGGCCAGGAGGAAGGCCCGGGAGGAGAAGGCGCGCCAGGCCCGGAGGGCAGCCAUCCAGGAACUGCAGCAGAAGCGAGCCCAGAAGUCAGGUAACGCUGACCUUGGGCUGCUGAAGGGGCCGGAGGAGCCGGGGAAGCCCCAGACCACCCAGGAGCCAAGCCUGAGGCCGGGGAGCGCCGCCCAGCAGACCCGCAAGGCCAAUAACACUGGGGCUGGCCUCCGCACUGCGGGCCCGGAGGACCCCUGCCAGCCUGCCCGCGACUCGUCGCCAGAGCCCCGGCAGCUUCCAGAGGACAAGCCUCAGGAUGCCAGCUCCCAGGACGUGGCUGGCGAGGGCCUGGAAGCUUUGGGCCCUGCUGGGAGCAGGGCCAAGUCCAGGGCAACCCUGGACGAGCUGCUGGACACGCUGAAGCUGCUGGAGCAGGAGCCUGAGCCGCUGCCCCGCCCCCAGGCCUACCACAAGGACAAAUACGCCUGGACUGACGAGGAGGACGAUUCCAGCUCCCUGACAGCCGACAACCUGGAGAAAUUUGGGAAGCUGAGUGUGGCUGCUUGCCCCCGCGAGGACGGGCCCCUGCUUUCGGAGGCCAAGCUGCAGAGUAUCAUGAGCUUCCUGGAUGAGAUGGAGAAGUCUGGGCAGGGCCCGCCGGCCUCGGCCCCCCAGGUGUGGAGGGGUCUCCAGGGGCCCGUGCCGGAGGAGGGGCUGGGGCGCCUGGAGCCUGCGUCCGAGGUCAGCACAUCGGUGAUGCGGCUGCAGCUGGAAGUGGAGGAGAAGAAGCAGGCGAUGGUGCUGUUGCAGAGGGCGCUGGUAACGUCGCCACCAGCACUGCCUCCGUCCCCAUGUCCCCAGCUGGAGCAAGUGCCCGGCCGCCCCCUGAGGGCCUCAUCUCUGUCUCAUCUCCCGCACCCCCCACAGGCGCAGCAGCGCGACCUCACCAUCCGGCGGGUCAAAGAGACGGAGAAGGAGCUGGGUCGGCAGCUGCGGCAGCAGAAGGAGCACUACGAGGCCACCAUACAGCGGCACCUGUCCUUCAUCGACCAGUUGAUCGAAGACAAGAAGGCUCUGGGUGAGAAGUGUGAGGCCCUGGUGGCCGAGCUGAAGCAGGGGGACCAGAGGCUCAAGGACAAGGAGGCCCAGAUGCGGGAGCAGCACGAGCUGGAGAUUAAGAAACUCAAAGAACUCAUGAGCGCCACGGAAAAAGUCCGCAGGGAAAAGUGGAUCAAUGAGAAGACCCGGAAGAUCAAGGAGAUCACGGUCAAAGGCCUGGAGCCUGAGAUCCAGAAACUGAUCGCCAAGCACAAGCAGGAGGUGAAGAAGCUAAAGAGCCUGCACGCGGUGGAGCUGCUGCAGGCAGACGAGCGCGCGGCCCAGCGCUACGGACGCCAGGCGGAGGAGCUCCGCGAGCACCUGGAGCGGGAGAAGGAGGCGCUGGGCCGUCAGGAGUGGGAGCGUGCCCAGCAGCGCUUCGAGCAGCACCUGGAGCAGGAGCAGCGGGCGCUGCAGCAGCAUCGGCGGCGGCUCUACAACGAGGUGGCCGAGGAGAAGGAGCGGCUGGGCCAGCAGGCCGCCAGGCAGCGGGCGGAGCUGGACGAGCUGAGGCGGCAGCUGGAGGAGAGCAGCUCGGCAGGGGGCCGGGCCUUGAGGGCCGAGUUUGAGAAGGGGAGAGAGGAGCAGGAGCGCAGGCACCAGAUGGAACUGAAGGCCCUGAAGGACCAGCUGGAGGUGGAGAAACAGAUGUGGGAGGCCAACUCCGCCAAGAAGGAGGAAGCGUGGCUGCUGAACCGGGAACGGGAGCUGAAGGAAGAGAUCCGGAGAGGCCGGGACAAGGAGAUCGAGCUGGUCAUCCACCGGCUGGAGGCCGACAUGACGCUGGCCAGGGAGGAGAACGAGCGGGCCGCCGAGAGCCGGGUCAAACGCCUCCGGGAUAAGUAUGAGGCGGAGCUCUCAGAACUGGAACAGUCGGAGCGGAAGCUCCAGGAACGGUGUGCAGAGCUGAAGGGGCGCCUUGGGGAGGCCGAGGGGGAGAAUGUGCGUCUGCAGGGCCUGGUGCGGCAGAAGGAGAAGGAGCUGGCGGAUGUGAAGGCGGUAAAUGAGCAGCUGGCUGGCGAGCGCAGCAGCCUGGCCCAGGUCCUUCGCCAGGAGUUCGCUGACCGGCUGGCAGCUUCUGAGGAGGAGAACCGGCAGGUCAGGGCCGAGCUGGCCGAGCUGCGGGCCCGCCAGCGGCUGGAGCUGGAGCAGCUCACGCGGGAGAAGCAGGCGGAGCUGGAGGAGGUUCACGGGAGGGUGAAGCUGGCCCUGGCAAAGAAGGAGGAGGCCGUGAGCAGCCUCCGGAAGCAGCACGAGGCCGCGAUGAAGAGGGCCGACCACCUGGAGGAGCUGCUAGAGCAGCGCAGGCGGCCGUUCCCGAGUGCCAAGUGACCGCCGACAGCAGCAGGCUGAGGGCGCCUGGCGGGAAGUGCUCUGGCCGCCCCUCAGGUGGAGCACCGAGGCUACGUCGUAACAGUAAAGAGGUGUCUUUUAAUACUU